AUGCCUCGGAGAAAGCAAAAAGCAGUAGUGGUCGAGGAGGAGGAAAGAGUGGAUCUUCAUGAAGAAAUGAUGCCUCCAAGAACAUCACGAAAGGCUAAAUCAAAAAGAAAGCAAGAAACUUUUUCGGAUAUGGAAGAGGACGAAGUACCAUCAACAAUUGUAGAUGAGGAAGAGAAAUCCUCUAAAAAGAAGACCAAGAAAAGCAGUUCAUCAUCGACUAAAAAGACAAAAACAUCAUCAUCGAGGAAAAAGAAAAAAGUGGAGUCGGAAGAAGAAGAGGAUGAAAAAGAUCAAACCGAAGAUUUAAUGGAAGAUGAGGAGAAAAACGAUACAACAGCCAAUACUGCAUCUAGUACCACUCCCACCGAAGAAGAAGCCAUGUCGGAGGAACAAAUAGAAGAACAACCAGAGGAUGCGAUUGGAGAUUUGGACUUGACCAAAAUUCACUCUGAAAACACAUUCGUCACGGAAACAAUUCAAAACAUUAUUCAAUUUCAAUCUGUUUUGCAAAAUGUCGAGUCUGGCUAUGCAACUCUAUCAAGCGAAGAUCGACACAGGAUUUUGAGCAUUCUCAAAUAUCAGCAACGUAAAAUUGGAAAAUUAGUGGAAAUUUGUAAUUCAGCCGAGUUGCUACUCUUCCGUGGCUCGAACAAUGAUUUAAGUGAAUAUGGUAUUCUCAACAAGCUUGAUUUGGUUGAGGUUUGGGGCGUGAUAUUUUCAUUUCUCAAAUUUUCCGAUUACCUUAAAGCAGCACAAGUAUGCAAAUUGUGGAAAAAAGCAAGCGAAGAACCUUAUGCACUUUCCUCUCUUCAAUUUGACUUUAAGUCUAAUUUUCAACACAAACACAUUCUCGAAGUGUACAGGGAAUAUUUUGAACAAAGAAAAGAGUAUAUUCGUUAUGCAACAGACAUUCCAGGUCAUUUUCUAAAAUAUUUAAGCGACCAUAACAUUAUAUUUCCUAACGCCAAAUAUUUGAUAACGUGUAAGAUUCCAUCAUGGGAAGACGAGUUAUCCUAUUAUUCAGACGAAACGGUUGAAAAGGUAUUCCCAAAAUAUGCAAUGCCACACGUCAAUGCUUCGAGUGUGGAAGAGUUUGGAUUUUUGAGAGGAUUCCUUCCUGUAUCUCCUGAAAAGACCAUUGUAGUUCCUGCAUCUACUAAAUGUGCCAAGUUGGGAACUAGAUUUGUCAAGUUUGAAAAUCCCGAUAAUAUCAUCAAGCUGGCCAUCUCAAUUUGCGACGAAGACAAGCUGCCUCAAUUUCCCAAUCUUACCGAGCUUGAUUUGUCGUUGCAUCUUUCUCCCUUCAAUGAUGACAUUAUGUUAAAUUACAAGUUUGGAGAGAAGGUGAAAACGUUAGGAGUAUGUUAUCAUGCCACCAUUCAAGAUGUAAAAAGAUACUUGCCUUCACUCUCUCAAAUAGAAACUAUAAGGCUCUCAGAGGUUGGGCUCAACAAACGUCUAUUCUCUAUUGGCUGUCAUUUGACCAGUUUUAAUAAUUUAACCGAGUUGGACGCAGAGACCAUGUAUGAAUCUCAUUUAGAGGCCAUCGCACCGCGGCUCAAACGUUUAAAGAUUUCCAAAAUCUUGGAGAAGAAAGGCAAAAUAUUUAGUCAUCUGACAAAUGUUGAAGCUCUUUGCAUUACAGAGCAAGUUCUUACAAAUCCAAACGACUUACCCAAACUUACCAAGCUCAAAACCUUACAGAUAUCAAAUAAUUCGAAUAACCACAACAAGCAAAUUACCAUAGAUUCUGCAAGUCUUGAAACCUUGAUUCUUUUAACAUUUAAUUCGAUCACUAUUAAUUGCCCAAAUUUAUACUACUUGCUCAUAAGUGGAGGGUUGAAGAAUGGAUCAGAGUCUGUCUACAUUACAUCUCACAAAUUGAGUUUAUUCCGUUUAGAUCGUGAUGUACAGUCACUGAGUAUUAAGGGUCCCAAUUUGUUCUCAGACGGAUCAAUCUUGGAACGUGUCAAGUCUAUUGUCGAUUUGGAAUGUCCUCUCAUAGAGAGUGCACAUAUAUUGUCUGCAUCAUCAAUUACACAGAGUGACAGUUUCAAAACACUACUCGUGAGGCAAAUCAAAACCCUUAGAAUAUCUGCUUGUACAUUACAGAUUUUCGAGUAUAAGACUCAAAUUCAAAAUUUGUUUAUUGAUGGAUGGAAGAGCAUUUCAAAAAUUUCACAAACCAAAAUGGCUCUCUACAGACAAAACACCCAAACAGUAAGACAACUAUCCCUUCAAGGUUGUAGCAUUGAAGUGGUCAAAUCGAUCAAUAACCUUUUCAGAGAAUCUGAUGGUAUUGAAAAUCUUUCUAUACUCGAGACGAACUACGAUAGUGAAGUAUUGGACUCUAUUACCAACUCGUCAAAAUAUUAUCUAAACCUGAAUGAAUUGCAUUUGAGAAAUAUUGUUGGUUUCAAGCCAGCGACAAUGAACCAAUUCCUAAAACAACUCGAUUCAAGAACCAAACUCAAGACACUGGAGUGUAUUCUCAAAGCUACCUACAAGAAAUAUAUACCUACACACAUUCCAAUUCAUGUGGAGAAGUAUAUUGGCUCGAUUGGUGGUGUUGAGAAUGCACCUGCGAACAAUGUCACCUCUCUAACCAUUCCAAGCGGAUGUAUGCACAUGGAAGCAGAUGAAUUUCAGCAUUUCCCAAAUCUCACCUUCUUGAAAUUGGAGCAAAUAUUCGUAGACUCGACCAUGUUGAAAUAUUUAAAAAAGGUCAAGAUAUUGGUACUCUCUGCUUACAAUGCUUUAUUGUUAAAAUUGCAUAAAGAGGAGAAUCCUGAUCAGACCAUCUAUUUUGAGUAG